AUGUCAAAUUCGAUCUCUUCAUCCGUCGAGGAAGAGGACGACGACAUUGCUUAUGAUCGCGACUACCCCCUCGGUACUCGAAAGCGGUAUCUUUUUAAAGAGGCAAUGCGGCGUCUUCGCGACGAGCGACAUGAGCAGCUCCAGGGGGAUAAUCCCAAACGCGAGUGCACUUUUCACCCCAAAGUUCCUAGCGGUAAUGCGCUGAAAAUGAAGACCUUGGCAGAUGCGAAAGGUAGCGAAGGGGACGAUGGAUUGGAUCGCCAUGCCGAUUCGGGCACUUCCGCCUUCACGCGCCGCGCCAAUCAGGGUUCGAAAAUCCGGGUGAUGUCGCUCCAGGCUGAAGGGGUGACCAAUCUCGAGGAGAAAUCCACGCCGGCGUCUUCUUUUUUCCCGCCUAUGAACACGCCUAACGUCCUUAAAAUAAGUCCCCGCAUUCAUUAUGAAAAGCAGGUUCUGGCGAAGGAAGGCCUUCCAUUCUACGGGCGAACGGUGGAGCGUCAGCGAGAAUUCCAGCGCCGACAACAUGACGAAGAGGAUGGGAAACGCAUGCCUAAUUCAUACAGGAAUGGCAGCUUCUCAUCUUUUACUGAUAAUGAAUCCCAUAAAACUGCUCGACAGGCGUUUGAAGAGCGCAAUCAAAAACUUCUUCAACGGCGCAUAGAUCUGCAAAACGCCAGCAUCGAGCGCUAUGCCACGAUGUUUCACCCUCAAAUCUUACCAAACUCAGUUGCUAUCGACGAGGCUGUUCAGGCUCGUCUACGCGCGAGGAAAGGACGAAAUUGCCUUGAAAAAGACGGGUCGCGCUCAGUUAAACGAGGUGAGCUUCUUUAUCAAAAAGCGAUGGAAUCGCACAUGAAUAAGAUAAAGCUCGUGGAGAAGCUCCACCAACAGGAAGACGAUGAAGUCUGCCAAGGGUAUAAGCCCAAUAUUAACCCUUAUACGAAAGAGUGGAUUCAACAUAGUGAACAUCAUGAGCUCUUUACGAAGGAUUUCGUUACCAGACAAGAAAUUUAUCGUGAAGCCCGAGAAGAAUUAAAGGAUAUGAUUGCUCAAAAUGAAGAAAGGAAAAACAUGAAGGAAAGGCGAGCGUCUUCUCGUGUUCACGUUAAUUCUGACAUGAUCCUAAACCAAGUGGUGCGCCUUUACCACAAUGAGGUGAAGGCGUUAAACGAGAAAUCCCCCAUAGAUUGUGACCCCGCACAAGAGUGUUCGUUUGUCCCGAUGCUCUCAAAAGGAAGCGUCAACAUAAUGCAGAAAAUGCAGAAUCGUGAAAAGGACUUUGUUUCCCGCCUCGCGCGCCCAGGGGCAUCAACAGGGAGGAGUACCGAAUGCUUAUCCAGACAGCGAACCAAUAAUGAGCUGAAAAGCGACGAUGAUAAGGAUCGGCAUGCUGACCACUCAGAAAAUGGGUUUAAGGGGCGUGCUUAUGAAAACAGUUUGAGGCGAUCUCCGCAAUCGAUUUCCUCUGGUACCGAGAUGGUUGAUUGCCGUUCACAGACCUCAAGCCUCACGAAGCGGGGGGUGACUUCGGUAAAAAUGACUGCCUUUCUUCAACGGCAGCUCGAUAAUCAACACCAGCGCGAGGAGUGGAUUCGCAUGGUUGAGGAAAAAAAGGCGGCAGCGGAAAAGGGGUUCUGCACCUUUCAACCCAAGACGCACCCCAGUAAAUUACGCACGAGGCGCCAGAAUCCGAACAAACAGGAAAUCUCCGAGGGCGUCUCCUCGUCCUUGACGUUUGUGAAAAAGGAGGUCAAACGAUGCGAUGUGGUAGGCAAGAUAUCCGGCGUGCAGCUUUUUGUGAUGCGCCAGGAAGAGGCAAGGCGGCGCCGUGCGGAGAAGGCUGCGCUGCUCGCCAACAUCGGGGUCUGCCGACCCCCCGGGAGAGAUCGAAACAACGGAAAAGGUCCCUUUAAACCCACAGAGGUCGUCCCUUUUAAUUUAAGCACGGAGCGACGCGCGAACUGGCGGCGUUCGCCCUCUCAGAAGUCGAAUUCACUCCAGACCGGGGAGGAUUUUAGCCGUUGUACUAGUUCAAAACCGGUCUUAGUGUCCUGGGAGUCGAGUCCAAUGCAGCGCUCUUAG